AUUCUCAAGAAAAUUAAAGAAGAAAGAAAAAUUAUGUCGCUAAGCUGAUUCAACAUAGAAAAGUUAUACGAUAACCAAUUUCCAAUAAGACGCUUCAGUAGGUACGUCAUAGCAAAGCGUACUUAGAUAUAAGUAGAAGAUUUACUUUAUUUUAUUAUACAUUAGUUGUUAGAGUUGUGGAUUUAAUAUGAUUAUAAUAAGUAAACGUAUGCGAGUCAGAAUAACUAAUAAGCAUCUUAUAAGAAACGUACGUGUAGUAGAUAAGAGUUUGUAUGAGUAAGCACUCUACAUUUUACCUUUUAUAUUUACGUUAUACUUUAGAACUUAAGUAGUUUUAAGAACACAAGGAUGCAAUCAUUUAUACGGAAUCAACAUAAAGAAGAAAGAAAUUUGUUAAAGGCCCUAAAUUCAUUUCAUAUUUAUCGAAAUUUAUGGGGUUUGAGUUGACUUUGGCAACACUGACUGUUGCAAAGCGAACGUUCCACCAUUUUGAAUCGUUGGCGGAAGAUCUCCAAGCAGACGCGAGUUCCCCGGGAAGGUUCCUCAAAUUAUGCUGGUACAGUGAACUCGCCGCCGCCAACCACACCGGACAAGACAACUCGGAUUUGACGAAAACCCCCCUGAUUAGACCUGCUAUCGGACUAGACUAUUUCUCGGUAAGUUUUUAAACAUUUACUUCACAGUGACAGAGCUCUAUUCUGUAAAACAAAUGCGCGCGACGAAAAUUAUUUCAUAGCAAGCGAUCCGACAGCAUGGCGGCCAUGAUCAUUUGGGUUUCUAACAAGAAAAGGAAUCCGUUUUUAACUAAGUAUCCUUCCGUAUGUAUGAAUUAUGAGUCGAUUUCGUCUCCUACUUUAUUGAAAUAAUUUCACUUUCUAGAAGUUGAUAGUUGGGGACGACCGUAGACAAGAGUCAACCCUAUUGUUUAGGUAACACGGCUCAUAUUAGUACGACUCAGUUUUAGAAAUAUCUAGAAUUUUCCAAACAAGAGGCGAACCUUAGUAAUUUUCCAAGCUUACUAUAGGCCUUCUGGAAUGUUAUCUCGGGUUCCCUAGUUAGAUAGUUUGGUAUUAUUACGCUACCUUAUUUAAACUAAGAAAGACAAUUUAUUUCUUUGUGAAUUGAUUUACGGCGUAUGUACAAGGAUUUAGUUGAGUAAGUAAACGUUAAGUAAGAAGUAUAAUUAUAUACAAUAUUAUGUAUAUAGGCCUAAAGGGAACUUAUACCUGAUUUAUUUUACAUGCAUUCCAUAUUGAAGUCCAUGAUUAUAGUAUACGAAAGCAAUUGUGGUGUGUAUGUGUGUAUAUAUAAGUUAACAUCUUCUUUCCAGAUUUAUUGUGGUGACUUUUAUGUGCAAUUAGACUCAUUAGAUAAGUGAUUCUUUGAAGUGUUCUAAUAAAUAAAAUUAAAAUGAUUACUAAAUAAAUAAACCAAGCAAGUGAAAUAAAAUUAAAAUCAUUACUAAAUAAAUAAACCAAACAAGUGAAAUAAAAUUAAAAUAAUCAUUAAAUAGAUCAAUAAAACAAGUGAAAUGGAAAUAAAGUAUUAAUUUUCGUUGUGCUACGAGUGAGCUUGAAUCAGAGACACCAACAUUAGAGGUUGUGUUGUGGCAACAGUGUAUAAACGUCAACAUCACUUACUGACGUCGAUGACGCUUGUAUUGGUGUAACCUAUAAGUUAUAAAGAUAAAACUAGACACAUUUAUAUGUAGGUGUGUAUGUUAUGUUGCCUUCCACCCUUGUUUUACUCCCUCUCAUGAUAUUUAAAUGAAACAUCGGAUUAUAAUUGGGUCAAUGGUUUCAUUCAUGUAAUUUAAUUGACUUUGAUUUUUAUUCUUUUUUGGUUUCAAAUUUGAAAGGAUUUUAGAGAUCAUUAGUUAAAUUUAGAUUUCAAUAUUUUGAGAUCAUUAAAAUAAAGAAUAAAUAAAAUAAUUUAAAAUUAAACAACCUAAAGUAGUAUGAAACAUAGUUACUGCAAGGCAGUAUUAAUUAAAUCUACAAGCGUAAUCAUUUCAAACAUAAGCAAAUAAAUAGGACUUUAGGUUAAAUGGGUUUAUUUCUAUACGUUACAGGAUUAAACAAGAAAAGAGCUUACACAAACAACAUAAUGGACGAUUUGCUUUUAAGAAGGCUUAGGCUCAUUAACGACAAACUCACCACAGACAUAGAAGUUAUUCCUGUUACCAUUAAUUCAGAGAACUUAGGGCAGGCUCAAAUUACUUACAGUAAAUUAGAUGCAUCUCUGAAAAGACUUGACAACGACUUGAUGGAGUACUUUCGCUUGGCUUCGACACCUGCUUCUGAUGAAAUAUGUUUACUGAGUGGAUUGCAACUUCAAGCAGAGGAGACUUUGGCUGAACUUAAAGUGAAGAUCGAUCAAAUAACUUUGAAAAGCAACGCUACAGAGAAACCUCCGGAAGCGAAUGCCUCGUGCCGACUCCCUAAACUUCAGCUGCCGGUGUAUAGUGGAGACGUGCUCUUUUGGUGUGAGUUCUGGGACUCCUUCAAGAGCAACAUUGAUUCAAGAAAUCUGCCUGAUGUUGACAAGCUCUCCUAUCUUAAAGCCUCGGUGACGGGAGAUGCCAAGAAAGCCAUAGAUGGUCUGUCAACUACUAAUGCUAAUUAUAGAAUAGCCAUAUCGAUCCUAAAGGAGCGUUUCGGCAAGACCUCUCAUCUCAUUGACGCGCAUUAUGCAACACUAUAUAAGGUUAAGAUGGCCAAAAGCACCGCUGAAGACUGUAGAAAGACAUUCAACGAAGUUGAACGAAAUCUCAAAAUUUUGGAAUCAUUAGGUGAAAACAUCAAUCACAAUCAUCUUCGUUUUAUGUUGCUGGAGAAAUUUCCACCCGAUCUAGUUUACGAAAUUAAGCUGAAGGUUAAUGAUGAUUCUAUACAAGAAAUCAGGAACCAAUUAGAUAGAAUUAUUACCGCAAAAGAGGAUGCUGAAAGGAUUUCAGGAAGAAAACGCACGCAUGAAGCAGAAGAUAGUACAGUCGGAACUCUACAUAUAAAUGUGAAACGUGCAAGAAGCGCAUAUCAACCCAAACAGCAGCAAGGUCCCCCUAAGAAACAAAAUCCUCAAGGAGGUUUUGAUAGAAGACCGGAAAGGAAGAAUAAGUUUGAUAGUAUUAAUAAACCCAAUAAAUGGAACAGACCAAAACAAACUCCGACUUCUAACAAGGAUCAACCAGAACCUCAGCAGGGCUCUUCGAAGGGGAGAACAGCGUGGACAUGCAUCUUUUGCAAAGGUGAUCAUUACAAUGAUAAGUGCUCUGAAGCUACUACCUUAGCAGAAAGAAAGAAACGACUUGGAAAGAAAUGCUUCAUGUGUUUGAAGUUAGGCCACUUUAUAAAAGACUGCAAGAACAAACGUAAGUGUAGCAUUUGCUGUAGUGAGACACCGCAUAACAGAGCUUUAUGCCAUUUAAAUUUUCAGAAGAAUACUGCAAUGAAGAAACAGUCCUGACGGUUCUAGGAAAGGGAUUCACUACUCUUCAAACUUCUGUUGUUAGGGCUAACCCCCUAGAUGAUAAAAAUAAACAAUAUAAAUAUAGACUUCUUUUAGAUCCAGGCUCUCAGCGCUCCUAUGUCACAUUUCAAACUGCCAAGGAAUUGAAGCUUCCCAUUGAAGAGGAAAGUCAUUUAACUAUAUUUACCUUCGGUGAAGAUCCUCCUAAAGAAAUACAUAGUCCAAUAGUUACUUUACAAUUGCUGUCAAGGACAAAUAAGAAGAUAGUUAUACAAGCCAACUGCGUUGAACGUAUUUCAAGAGGAUACAUACCCACUGUCAAGUUGAAGGACUUACCGGAGUCAUAUAUACUAGCGGAUGACGGCUCGCUAAGCGGACAGGUGCAGAUUCUGGUUGGAAACGAGUACUACUUCAACCUAAUUUACGAGAAGAAAAUACAAUUGGGUAGUAACCUGUUCCUGGUUGAUUCUGCCCUUGGUUGGAUAAUAAGUGGUAGAACAGAACCACAGCUUAGUGACGAGCCCUAUGUAGUGACUUACGCUCAGACUUGUAUAGAAACGAAGCUUCAUCAACCUGACCCACCCCUUUGUGAUGGAGACAUAAAGAGCCUCUGGGAACUAGAAUGUAUAGGUAUUAGUGAUUCACCGAAAGCAACUAGAGAAGAAGAAGCAAUCAAGUAUUUUAAUAAUACCACUCUAAAAUUAAAUAAUCGUUACACGGUAAGCUGGCCGUGGAUAACUUACCCACCGGACUUACCCAAUAAUUAUGGAAUGGCUUUUGGUCGCUUAUCAAGCUUAUUGAAGCGUAUGGAUCAAGGCACGUUGUUAUCAUACGAUGAUACGUUUAAACAACAAUUAGAUAAAGGUAUAAUAGAAGUUGUACUUGCUUCAAGAACGUCAACGGAUAACGUAGUUCACUACCUACCCUUCCAUGGAGUAUGCCAUCGAGGGAAACCUAUGAGAAUAGUUUAUGAUGCUAGCUCCAAGAGCAGCAAAGACACCAAGAGUCUGAACGAAUGUUUAUACAGAGGACCACUCAUGUUAGAAGACCUCACAGGUUUACUCAUUAAAUUUAGAACUCAUCAGAUAGGACUAACCUCGGAUAUUGAAAAGGCGUUCUUACAGAUGGCGUUACACGAAAAGGAUCGUGACGUAACCAGAUUCCUGUGGCUCAAAGAUACCUCUAAACCGAUAUCUCAAGACAACCUAUUACACCUUAGGUUUUGUAGAGUUCCAUUUGGCGUCAUUUCGUCACCGUUUUUGCUUAAUGCAACAAUCAAACACCACCUGUCUAGUGCGGAACAUCAACAAGUCAGACUAAAAGCAAAUGAC